UUUUUGCUGUGCACUGUGGUAAACUCACUUUUCGUACCGAUUAUUUAAAUUCGAUUCUUAUAAGUAUUGAAAUAUAUCGUUCAAAAAUUGGCUUAAAGUGCUAUUUUUCUCGUGAGGAUCUGAAUUUUUGUGUUAUUCAAUUGCUUUUGUUUGCGUCCAUUUGAUUGGAAAAGUAUUGAAAAAUUGGCGAUUCAAAGACACAUUUUUGCACCGAACAUCGCAAGGAAAAGAAUUGUUUAAAUAUUGUUCAACAUGAACAUGUUACUUGUGAUCACAUUGUUUAUUGCUGCUUUCACUUUACAAGAAGUAGAAGGAAAUCCGACCAUUUCUACGGAAAGAAAGUUAGCUGAAGAAGUUAUUGUGGAAUCAAGUUUAACUGUUAAUCCACAACCUCCAAUCGAGUCCCGCAAUAUUCGCGAUUUGCUCUAUUACCUUGUAUCAGACUCGCCAUUGGUCAGAGCUAAGCGUCAAUUUGGUGGACCUGGAUUUGGUGGACCUGGAUUCCAACAACCGAACUACGGCAGCUCUCAAUCAACCGCUCAAUCAAAUUCGCAUAGUCAAGGUUUUGGACCCGCUGGUUUUGGGAAUGCUAACGCUUUAGCUGGUGCACAAGCCUUUCAAACCCAUGGUCCUAGUGGUUCCUUCGGAGCAACAUCAUCUAAUGCACACACAGAUACGUCGAACUCAUCACCAUUCGGUGGAUUUUCAGGAAGCAACACGAAUUCGGGUGGGCAGACGUAUAAUUUGCCGAAUGGGCAAACGUUGAACAUCGCUUACAACAACGGAUUCAGUAAUACUAAUGGAAAUCCAGCACGCAGCCAAGGAAGCUCAGUGUCUUUCAGUGGUUGAAAGAAAAAACGAUUGAUUAAACUACCAAAAUACUCAAAUUGAAAUUUGUAACAAAAAAGAGGCUAGCCGAACAAAUAAAUUUUC